AUGGCACACCUAUGGGGUAGUGGCUUCUUUCUCUUCUUCAUCUUUGCAACUACAAACCCUUGUUUUGGCUGCUUAGAACAUGAGCGGCAGGCUCUAACACAGUUUAAAAACAGUCUUACAUCAGACUCUUCAAAUCGAUUAUCAUCGUGGACUGGAAACAACUGUUGCCAGUGGCUUGGUGUGGGUUGCAAUAACGCCACCAGACGUGUGACUAGGCUUGAUCUCAGAACCGAUGCUGAGCAGUUACAGGGAAACGAGUUGAGCACGAGUUUGUCCGAGUUAACUCAUUUGAGCUACCUGGACUUGAGUGGAAACUAUUUUGGUGGCGGUCCGAUUCCUGAGUUCAUCGGGUUGAUGACACGGCUCGAGAUUCUGAACCUUUCUUCUGUAGGCUUUUCCGGUGUUGUUACACAUCAAAUUGGAAAACUUUCAAGUUUACGUGUACUUGAUCUCGGUGAUCAUCAUGGCGGUAGCCUGGAACUAAUCGUUGAUGAUUUUAUCUGGGUGUCGGGUCUUUUGUCACUGGAAUAUCUUGAUUUGAGUAGGGUGAAUGUUAGCGGUGCUCGCGAUUUCGAUAAGGUACUGUUGUAUAUGAUCCCUUCUUUACUAGAGUUACACUUGUCGAAUUGUGAGCUAUCGAAUUCUCAUUUUGAUCGAACUCAUCUUGAUUCUAAUCUUACGCGUUCCACCAUACAAACACUUGAUCUUAGUUGGAAUUUGUUCGAAGGAGAAUUCCCCCGGUUUUUACAAAACUUGACCUCUUUAAGGGUUCUUGAUCUUUCGGUCAACAAACUUAAUUCUUCAAUUCCUGUCAUGAACAACGUUGUUGAACUCAAUCUUGCGAGCAACAGAUUCUCGGGUAUUCAAGAAACCGAGGCGUGGAGACUCUGUGAGUUAAAACAGUUGGAUCUUUCGUUCAACUAUAUGGAAGGGCCACUCACUAUGGUGUCCGCAUGCAGCCGAUAUGGACUCGAGAGACUGAUAUUAAACGACAACAAGUUACGUGGCGAAAUCCCUGCAUCUCUAGAAAGGCUUACAUCCUUGAGAGGACUUUAUCUUGAUUACAACUUGCUGACGGGAACAAUUCCGGAAUCUUUAGGAAACUUAACAAGUUUAACAGAACUAGUUCUAUCCGGAAAUCAAUUAACGGGUCCAAUUCCUACGUCUUUAGGAAAUCUAGUGAUGUUACGAAGACUAGAUUUAUCUGAAAACGUGUUAAACGGGAGUAUUCCAUUCUCCAUUGGACGACUACCGAAUCUAGAGAUCUUGUAUUUGAGCUUCAAUUCUUUGUCUUCAAUCCCAUUCUCCAUAGGAAACCUGUCAGAACUCAAGUUUCUUGAUUUAUCAUCGAACUUAUUACAAGGGCCUCUUCCGGAUUCCACCGGACAACUUUCUAAACUUCGGUUUCUUGACAUAUCGAACAAUUCUUUAUCUGGUGUAGUCACCGAAGCACAUUUUUCAAACACAUCCGCGUUGAUACAUUUAGCUGCAACCUCGAACCACUUUUUAAACCUCAAGAUUUCACCCAAUUGGAAGCCACCUUUCCAAAUAAGAAACGUUCUGCUCGGAUCUUGCAAAAUCGAAUCAGAGUUUCCUCCAUGGAUUCAAACACAAAAGAAUCUGGCAAUUCUGAGCCUUUCAAACACGAGCCUUUACGGACCUCUUCCAGAUUGGCUUUAUGGGCUACCUGUUAUUGCCAUCCUGGAUCUCUCCCAUAACUCUCUGAAUGGUCCCCUGACAAACCUUCCAUCCAACCAAACAACCAACACGACCAAGCAAUCAAUGACUUUUACUGAACGGUUGGCGGAUUACGAGAGAGUGUCAAGAUUACUACUUCUUAAGAACAAUCUCUUCAACGGGUCGAUUCCAGAUUCAUUGUGCAACACUGCAGAUUUAGUUAUUCUCGAUCUUUCGAGAAAUAUGUUGUCAGGUAACCUCCCAGAUUGUUUUGGAAAUUUCAGUGAUCUAAUGGUCUUGAUAUUAAGUUCCAACCGGCUAUCGGGAACCAUUCCAUCCUCUCUAGGGAAACUCGGUUCUUCCAUACAAUGGCUACAUCUAAACAACAACUCUUUCCAUGGUGAACUUCCAGAAACCCUAUCGAAUUGCACAAGUCUAGACGUUCUGGAUUUAGGAGAAAACAGAUUCUCCGGAACCAUACCGAAAUGGAUCGGAGAAAAGAUCAAAUAUCUAGUUGUUCUUAGGCUACACAACAACAACUUCACCGGUCAAAUCCCCGAACAAUUGUGCCAGAAUACAGACCUUCAAAUCAUGGAUUUUGGAGAGAACAAUUUAACCGGGGAGAUCCCUCGAUGUUUCGAAAACUUACGUGGAAUGACUGGAGGUGACUCCAACUUAUAUUUCUUCGGUGGGUUUGAGCAGAGUGUGAUUCAGGUAAUGAGAGGGGUACCACUUGAAUAUACAACAAUAAUGAGCUACGUAGUCAACCUGGACCUUUCAAGCAAUAAUUUGGUCGGAGAAAUACCCAAAGAGUUGACUUCGCUUUCAGGAUUGCUUGGUCUUAAUUUGUCAAACAAUCAUCUAACCGGUCGGAUCCCUGACGAAAUUGGUGAUUUGGGUUCGUUGAUGUCGCUUGAUCUUUCUGCAAAUGAUCUUUCUGGGAUGAUACCGCAGAGUAUGUCGUCUUUGACUUUUAUUAGUCACCUGAAUUUGUCGUACAACAAUUUAUCAGGGCGGAUACCGACUGGAAAUCAACUCCAGACACUCGUGGACCCUUGGAUAUAUGCCGGCAAUAAUGGGCUUUGUGGCAGUCCGUUACCCAAGAGUUGCAGCCGUAAUGAAACCUCCGAUACCGAGCCCGAAAACAUGGACAAAGACGAUGAUGAUGAUGAUGAUGUAGAGAGGAUAUGGAUUUACGCUAUAGCGAGCGGUUUCUCAACGGGGUUUAUUGGUUUCUUGGGGAUUCUGGUGCUUAUCAAGAGAUGGAGACUUGCAUUUUUCAAAUUUUGGAGGUUUAUGUAA